AAUCCGACACCUGAAGUGAAAAGCUGCCAUUCAAAAUGGCGCCGUUCACUGAUCCGAGUGACGAACUUCCUGCUUCCCUCAUCACGGGUCCUGGAAACUAGACCAAGGCAAGAUGACACCCACAUCGCGUUACCGGAGACUUAACCAAAAAUAAUACAACACGGUGAUCCUGACAUGGUUUCGGGAAUCCUCGGUGUGCUAGGAUGGGACGCGGUCAGAGAGCUGAACAACGAGACAGAGCCAGUGCUCGUGCGGUAACCUGGAGGACUGUGGACGUUACAAGGGCUUGACGUGAGAGAGGAGAUCACGUUAACCAAAAAGAAAAAGAAAUGCAUCGGUCAGGAUCCGGUGUAACUAUUGCGUCAUAAAGGUGAAACAAAUGCAACGUUUGUCUUUAUGCUUCCAUCGGACCUUAACCGCUUUCCAAACAUAGAUCAUCAUCCACCCUAUAGCGAGCUCUUCCGGCAGCACAGGAGGGUAAUAUUCAAACCUGCUGUUAAAGGCGAAUUUAUGGGAUCACAAGUUUCAUCUGAUGAGAUGAGUGUGCGCACAGGACAGGGCAGCGAUGAGGUGCUGGUGUCUCAGGCUGUGUGGGAUUACCUGGCAGCAGCCGGGAGGUCUUGGCUGCUUGACUUUGAGGAUAAACAGGGACUAAGUGCUGGAAUUGUUCGGCGUGGAGAGCGUGGAGGCUGCUGUGCUGUAAGACUCUCACCUGUGGAGGGUAGGACCAGGUUGACGGAAGGGACAGUCUCAGCUGCCACGCGUAAAGCCUUUAUUGACCUGUGCCGUUCUGCCCGCAAGGAGAUGACCAAACAGGAAGCGGCUCCAAAGAGAAAGCGCUCUCUGUUACCCUGUAUCGGGGUGGCGGAGAUGGAUGCCGAAGGGAGUUUGCUUCCUCCACCUCCUCCACAGCCUCGUCGAUCCCAGAGGCAGCAGCAGCUAAGGUACAAGAAAAAUACAGAGACGGAACCCUGUGCCGCUCCAGCAAAGACGGAUUGUGCAUCAGGAGCAAGCCGGUCGAGUGAAGACGACAGUGUCAUCUGCUCCAUCUGUAUGGGAGAGAUGGUGGAGAAGACCACUUUGGACAAGUGUGGCCACUCGUUCUGCCGGACUUGCCUGGAACAGGCAUUCCAGGUGAAGAAGGCUUGUCCUGUGUGCAGGCUUGUUUAUGGCCAGCUUAUUGGAAAUCAACCAGCAAACGGUAGCAUGAUGGUGGAAAGAGACCCAGGUCUAGAAUUACCUGGGCAUGAGGGCUAUGGCUGCAUAUGCAUUAUCUAUAGCUUCCCUCCCGGGUUCCAGUCACAAGAGCACCCAAACCCUGGUGUGCUUUAUCCAGGCACUGAUCGCGUGGCCUACUUACCGGACAGCCCCGAGGGUAACCGUGUGUUGCGUCUGCUACGGCGCGCUUUUGCACAGCGGCUCCUUUUCACUAUAGGAACCUCUAUGACCACAGGCAUGCAUAAUGUCAUCACAUGGAAUGAUAUCCACCACAAGACCGCUAUAUUGGGUGGACCACGAAGCUUUGGUUACCCAGAUCCUACAUACCUCGUACGGGUGACGGAGGAGCUGCGGGAAAAAGGAAUAACGGCUGACUGAUCCUUUGGGACUCGGCACAUCAGGACAGCUAGCGACCUGGCAAGUGGAUCAGAUUGACCACAGAAUACCUAGUGAUUCACUGUGUUAAUGUAAAUCACAGCCAUUCUACAGUACCUGUUUGGUCAGAUGGCUUUUUACAAACACUGAGCUUGUGUCGAUUGGUUUCUUUUUUUGUUUGAAGAAAAAGUGAUUGCUUUCUUGCAAUAAGUGACACAUUAUAAAUGAGUGCAGUGCAUUCCACAUGUUUAUUGGUUUCAGAAACAGCACUUUGAAAAGUUAAGAGCAAAGUCUAAAGCUCUGUGGUUUGUUGAACUCUGAGAUGAAGUAAGUGCUGAUUAACAUCUUUCUGCUGGUGUAGUAGGGAACUGUUUCCAUGUUCUAGGCAAAUGGCUUUUUUUUUUUUUUAUUUAUUCCAUCCAGCAGGUUUUCUGUGACUUGUUAUCCUUUAGCUACUGUCUGGGCCAAGAAAGCGAACCCAUAGCUAUACCGAUCCUGGGCAGUGUUUUUAUUUAUUCUUUUUUUUUUUUUUAUGCAGCACUACAAGGCACUUUGCGGUCACAUAUGUAUGUUAAUUGUUAAUGUUUGGAGCUAAAUUCUGGUCUGUUUUCAGAUAUGCAGCCUUUUGCAGAUGUAGAGGACCAGUUUAACAGCUAAGAGGUGAUGUCAAUCCCUAUAUGUCUUUUUUUUUCAUCCAGGAAGAAAGUUCUUUUGUUUUAGUAUAUAGAUUUUUUUGUGCAGCUAUUAUUAAUUAGUUGAUAAGUUUUGUUUGGGUUAACGGUUGGAAAAGACAAGAAUUGGAAAAGAAAGAAAAAGGAAAAGAAAAAAAUUGGAUGGUUUCUUUUGCAUGUCUGUUGUUGACUUGAUUGUGCAAACUUCAAUAUGAUGUCAUUUAAAACAAAAAGUCCUGUAGACUUUCCCAAAUCAAAUGAAAGGCACAAUCAGAUUCUUUCCCAGUGGAAGAAUCACACUUAAGCCUCAGAUCCAUCAAACGGCAGGCGCUGGAUUUAUUUCAUGUCAGUAAGCUUUUUCUUCAUUUAUACUGACACACUCCUGGUGCAAUUUUACAGCCAUUUGAUUCAUUGAAGUUGAUCCCUGUAGUGAAUUAGAAAGAAAAAAAAAUAUGCAGAACAUUUAUUUUCUCAUUCAGUCUGUUAUCGGAAGGUUUACUAAAGAUCGCAGCAUGUUCUGACGCGGGAAUAAGAAUUUCUUCGUAGUAGGUGGGCCGCUGGUUAUAGCCAGAAGCACGUUCUGAUAAAAAGUAAAGAACAUUAUAUUAUAGUACCUAUAUAAAAUAACCGAUUAUUUAUUUCAUUAUUACAAAAUUAAAACCUUUUCUGCUUAUAAAAAAAAUGAUUAUGCCUGAUUGGCUCUAAAAUUACCAAUAUUAUAAAGAAAUGGAAAGAAAAAUGACUCACUAUGUCUAAAGCUGUCUGAAAUGUUUCUCUUUGUUUAAUCUCCCUCCUCAUUUUGUGUUAAGGGACCAAUACAAAGAUCCUUUUUGGAUGAUUUAGUGACACCAGUCAUGCAAAAUUCUAUGCAGUUCAUGUUAAAAACAGAAAGAAAUAAACCUCUUAAAGAUAAUCGAUUGUUAUACAAAGUUCAUAACUUGCCUAUAUGACUGUGUUGAUUUGUACAUGACAACAUGUCUGCUACAAUAUGUGCUUUAUGUUUUCAUACUUGAAUAAAGACUUACGUUCAGUUGC